UUUCUCAAAAUCGAUACAGUAAAAUCACAUGGUUCCGUGUGUACAAGUAGUCUGCCAAACGGUUAAUAUGGUCAUAUCAGUCAGUCCCGAAACGUACGCAUAAUUUUGUCUAUAGCUCACUUCAAAGUGCUAACAUAAUGCAAUUUGCAAAGGCCAAAAUAUGCAUAUGUGAGGUUUUCAAAGGACAUUUAUUAAGAAUUGUCACAGUAAAAUCACAUGGUUACGUGUGUACAAGUGGUCAGUACAACGUUUAAUAUGGUCAUAUCAGUCAGUGCCAGAACUUAUCUAUUAUUUUGUCUAUAGCUCACUUCAAAGUGCUACCAUAAUGCAAUUUGCAAAGGCCAAAAUAUUCAUAUGUGAGGUAUUCAAAGGACAUUUUUUCAAAAUCCAUACUUUAAAAUCACAUGGUUACUUGUGUACAAAUAGUCAGCACACCGGUAAUAUAUCAUAUCAUUCAGUCCCGGAACUUAUCUAUAAUUUUGUCUAUAGCUCACUUCAAAGUGCUAACAUCAUGCAUUUUGCAAAGGCCAAAAUAUGCAUAUGGGAGGUAUUCAAAGGACAUUAUUUCAAAAUCUAUACAGUAAAAUCACAUGGUUACUAGUUUACAAGUAGUCGGGACAACAAUUAGUAUAGUCAUAUCAUUCAGUCCCGGAAUUUAUCUAUAAUUUUGUCUAUAACUCACUUCAAUGUGCUAACAUAAUGCAAUUUGCAAAGGCCAAAAUAUGCAUGUGAGGUUUUCAAGGGACAUUUUCUCAAAAUCUAUACAGUAAAAUCACAUGGUUUCGUGUGUACAGGUAGUCAGCACAACGGUUAAUAUGGUCAUAUCAGUCAGUGCCGGAACUUAUGCAUUAUUUUUUAUCUAUAGCUCACUUCAAAUUGCUAACAUAAUGCAAUUUGCAAAGGGCAAACGGAAGUAGAAUCAUAACAGCGUCAUGAGGUGUCGUUCACGCAAACUUCCGACAUCUCGAAAAUGUUUUCCCUAUAAUUUCCAGCGAUGUGAACGCACCAGGCAUCAACGCUCCGAGACCGGAAAUGACGUCAAAAGUGCACCUCGGAAAGCUGGCAUCCGUGGAUUCAGAUCAUCAUCAUGCACAGUGAUCUUCAGAGCCUGGAUCAUGUGAAGACGUUGAAGAGGAAAAAAUUGUGGUUCAGGCUACUACUGGUGUUCCUGUUCUUCCUUUCCUGUGUUACUUCCUACUUCAUAUACCCUGUUAUAUCAAGCUACGAAACAUCUCCAAACAGCAGCAUGUUGCAUUGUGACAGCUUGCACAUGCAGCACAAGUGGGAGAGCCUCCAUCUAAACAUUAGCAGGCUGUCACAUCUCUUUCUAAAAGCGGGGGAUUUCUUCUGGCAAGAACAUCCAUCAGAUCAGGCUUUACCUUAUGGCAUUAAGGGCAGUGAGCAACUGCUGCUGAAAAUUCUUUCAAUUAUCAACCAAAAUGAGCCAGAAGACAUUGACCUGGAAUGCAGAACCUGUGUCGUCGUCGGGAAUGGGUUUUCCAUUAUAAACACUUCUCUGGGGGGUGUGAUCGACAAGCAUGACGUGAUCAUUCGGCUGAAUGACGCUCCAGUAAGGGGCUAUGAGGAGGACGUGGGCCACAAGACCACCAUGAGGCUCUUCUACCCGGAGUCUGCGUCCAACAACCCGGGCCUGAAUAACAACCCUGACACCCUGAUGGUCAUGGUGCCUUUCAAACAGCAAGACCUCCUCUGGCUCAAAUCCAUCGUCAACAAUGAGAAAAGGGUGAGGAAAGGCUUUUGGAAGCUUCCUCCCCUGAUAUGGCUGGGUGAUAUCAGUAAACUCAGAGUGCUGGACCCCUACUACUUCCACCAGACAGCAGACCGACUGCUGAAGAUCCCCCUACCUUCCAAGCCUGGGAAGUAUCGGCUUCCUGUGUUGUCCAGGCCAUCAGAGCUAAUUACCCAGCACAAGAUGGGCAGUACCGUGGCUACCAGGAGACGGUAGAUGCUCAAGCCAACCGGAACUUGGUUUUGCCUGUUGCCCACGACGACGGCCUUCAGGUUGCUGUACGACAUGCUAAUGGGGCCCCUGCAACAGCCUUUUUCUCUCUAUUUUUUGAGCAAACCAAAGCACCCGUCGACCACCACUUGAUGUGGUAAUGCCCGCCUACAUUUCUGACAGGUCAGCUCCUUUCCUCCCUCUCUGCCUCACUCUCUUUCUCUCUCCCUUCCCUCCUUCACUAUUUUUUCUCCCCUAUCUCUCUCUAAACUGUCUCUCUGUAUCUCUCUGUCCCUCUGCUUCACUCUCUCGCACACGCUCUCCCUCUCUCUUCGACUGCAAGCACAAGAGCAUAAUGGCGAUCUGAAUUUUUUUACAAAAAUAAAGGAUUACAGCCACAAGUGGGUAGUUUCAUAAUGCCUCAAAGCUCUGUUUUUUUUUGUGGGUCCCUGAUUAUAUUCAUACAGCAACGUUUCAUAAAGAGCUCCUUUAGCAAGCGGCUCUCUAAUGGCUCUAUUCAGUGGGGUUCAAUUUACAUGCAACUGCAAUAUCAUUUGGAGAUUAUAUAAUUAAAAGCUGUCUGGUAUGAGUUGGUCUAAAUGCUACUGAGGAUAUAUUUGUUUUCUGUUGUGAUUCUUUUUAAAAGCCUUUUUGAGUUAAUCCUCUCAACAGUUCGUUACCCAUGCACUCAAGAACAACAAUGUGUGUUCUGCUGAUUUACAGACAAAUGGUUCUGGGUUGAAUCCCCAUUUCCGCAUUGUACCUAUCCUUGAGCAAGAUUCCCCCUUACCCCUUCACCUUCACCUUCACCUCUCCGCUAUCCCAUAACCCCGGAGGGUCGUUGGGGCACCACAGACGCUCUGUUGACCAGCUCUCUCCAUCCCUCUCUGUCCUCGGCAGCUCUCAUUGCCUCACUGAUUUUCAAGUGAGUCCAUUCUCUGAUGUUAUCUUCCCAUCUUAUCUUUUGUCUCCCUCGUCUCCUUCCACCUUGUACGGUUCCUUGCAAGAUGGUCUUUGCAAGGCCUGAGGAUCUGGUGAUGUGUCCGUACCACCUCAGUUUCCGUUUUUUAACAGUGGUAAAAAAAACGACCUGCUCCUUAAUGACCUGUAUCUGUACUGUCUAACCCCUACCUGCUCCUUAAUGACAUGACUGUACUGUCUAACCCCUACCUGCUCCUUAAUGACCUGUCUCUGUACUGUCUAACCCCUACCUGCUCCUUAAUGACCUCACUAUGUACUGUCUAACCCCUACCUGCUCCUUAAUGACCUGACUCUCUACUGUCUAACCCCUGCCUGCUCCUUAAUGACCUGUCUCUGUACUGUCUAACCCCUACCUGCUCCUUAAUGACCUCACUAUGUACUGUCUAACCCCUACCUGCUCCUUAAUGACCUGACUCUCUACUGUCUAACCCCUGCCUGCUCCUUAAUGACCUGUCUCUGUACUGUCUAACCCCUACCUGCUCCUUAAUGACCUGUGUCUGUACUGUCUAUCCCCUACCAGCUCCUUAAUGACCUGUCUCUGUACUGUCUCACCCCUACCUUCUCCUGUAUGACAUUAAGUAGCAGGUCAACACACACACACACACACACACACACACACACACACACACACACACACACACACACACACACACACACACACACACACACACACACACACACACACACACACACACACACACGUACACCUACCUGCCUACACGCCAACCCACUCCACAGCUCCACUCUUUGAGGCACAAGGCCUUCCCUGUACUGUAGGUUUGGGUGUUGCUACAUCUCAUUGAUGCAGGCCUUGCUGAGGCCUUAAAUGACAGUGAUAGAUUAGGCUGUCAUUAGAGGCAGCGGAGCUCAUCCUGGCAGCUCGGCCGUCUCCUAGCUUAACCUCUCGCUGUCCUGCUGCCUGGAAAAAGCAGCAGCAGCGCGCCCAUAUGUCACAGCUUUUAAUACACUGCAGCCAUUCAUUCUGCGCUUACAGGUAUGGUAGACUAGGAGCUAGAUGUUGAGCCCAACAUGCAGAAUCCAUGAGGCAGGCCUGCGAUGUAAUGUAUAUUUCUCAUAUAAACAAAGAUCCGACAAUGUUAAUACCAGUAUUCAAAUGCACAAUUUUAAUGCAUACAUAAAUACGUAAGCGGUCAACGGGUGGAGGGGAAGAAUGGUGUGUAAUCCUUGCAAGUCCUUUUUUUUUUUUUUUUCAGGGUGCUGUUUUUCCCCCCUUCAGCACCGAUAAUAUUAAAAAGUGGCUGUAUCUGACACAUCUUGAUGGUGCUUUCCCUGUUGAACGGGGCAGGCGGGCUGGGUAAUAAGAAGAGGAAGAAAAGUCCUGCUGUAAGCAGAGUAGGGACAAGACCUUGAUGAUGCGCACCAGGCCAAAGCUGACGCUCUUAGAUAUGAUACUACACCCCAAAAAAUCCUGGUGAGAGAAAAUUCUCUCAGGCUGCUUUUCAAUGAGGACUGCGACACUGCUACAUCAGAGCUGAAGAGAGAGAGAGGGAGAGACAUCCAGACAGACUGAGAUACAGAGAGAGAGGGAGAGACAGAGAGAGAGGGAGAUACAUACAGGCAGACUAAGAUAGAGAGAGAGAGAGAGAGAGAGAGAGAGAGAGAGAGAGAGAGAGAGAGAGAGAGAGAGAGAGAGAGACAGACAGGCAGACUGAGAUACAGAGAGAGAGGGAGAGAGAGAGAGAGGGAGAGACAUUCAGGCAGACUAAGAUAAAGAGAGAGAGGAUGAGAGGGAGAGUGAGAGACAUUCCGACACACUGAGAUACAGAGAGAGAGGGCGAGGGAUCCAGACGCACUGAGAUAAAGAGAGGGACAGUAAGAGGGAAAGAGUUGAGCGGAGGGAUCCAUAUAUCUGAGUCUUAUCUUCAGGCACCAAAUGGAAUUAUACUGUGAGCCAGAAUCCCCUCACAAGUCUUCGGCCUUAAGUAAUAAAAGGGGAAUAAAAAGGCGAAACACCUCUGGCACCAGUAAAUUAAUGAUAUUCAAAGGAAUGUGAAAUGCGAUGCUCCUUUUGCCUUCUGGAAACCCGCUUCAAAGCUGUUCAAAUGAGGAGGAAACCGUUGCGGGUCUUAAAGCGAGGGUCUGCGCGCGGCCCACCAAACCGUCCGCGUUGUGUCCAGAACCGGAUCAUCUUUUCUUUGUACUUGCAAAGCUGCCUCAAAAAGUGUGUUUUCUGUUGUUAUUAUUAAUAGAAAGUUUCAGAGGAACCGUCCAGGGCCUUUCGUAAUGUCUACUCUUCUGAACGAAAAAACAACAACACAUCUACAAUUUUUUUACAAACAUUGCGUUGUAUGUCGUGCAUCUUUCAUGUGUAUGAAAAGCAGAGGCCAACAUGAAUGGUUAAUGUGAUUUUACAGUUAUGUAACAGGGCUCUCUUUGUGUUUCUCUCUUUGGGCUCCAGGUGUGUGUGUGUGUGUGUGUGUGUGUGUGUGUGUGUGUGUGUGUGUGUGUGUGUGUGUGUGUGUGUGUGUGUGUGUGUGUGUGUGUGUGUCAGGGUGUUAUUUAACCAGCUUGCUGUCUCUCCUACACUGAUGUGCAUGCAACACAUUGAUAUUAUUAUAUUG